UAAGGAAAGUUGCUUCUUCUUCUUCUUCUUCUUCUACUCACAUAAAGAAAGUUGCUUCUUCUUCUCCAUUCUUCUCUUCUCUUUUUCUAUUCAUUGAAGAUGGGUGAAGCUGUUGAAUUCUACCACUCCAAUGGCGUCUCCGGGAUUAAUCUCAAUGAAUCCGGGAAAAAAAUCGAUGAAAAUCACAUGUGUUGCUGGUAUGAAGAAGUCAUUGACGACAAUCUCAAGUGGUCCUUUGCCUUGAAUAGUGUGCUGCAUAAGGGUACAAGCCAGUACCAGGACAUAGUUCUUUUGGACACAAAACACUUUGGAAAGGCCCUGGUGAUUGAUGGGAAGAUGCAGAGUGCUGAAGUCGACGAGUUUAUCUACCAUGAAUGCUUGAUUCAUCCAGCUCUCCUUUGCCACCCAAACCCAAAAACUAUCUUCAUAAUGGGAGGUGGUGAAGGGUCUGCUGCGAGAGAAGUACUGAGGCAUAACUCCAUAGAAAAAGUGGUUAUGUGUGAUAUCGACCAGGAGGUGGUUGAUUUUUGCCGUAGAUAUCUCACAGUAAAUCAAGAGGCAUUCCGAAACAAGAAGCUCAAUCUGGUUAUCAAUGAUGCCAAGGCCGAGUUAGAAAGGAGGAGCGAGAAAUUCGAUAUCAUUGUCGGAGAUUUAGCAGACCCAGUUGAAGGAGGGCCUUGUUAUCAACUCUAUACAAAAUCCUUCUAUGAGCGAAUCCUCAAGCCUAAGCUCAAUGUCAAUGGCAUCUUUGUUACUCAAGCUGGACCUGCAGGCAUUUUUACCCACAAGGAGGUCUUCUCAUCCAUAUACAACACAAUUAAGCAGGUCUUUAAGUAUGUGGUUGCAUAUGCAGCUCAUGUUCCAUCUUUUGCAGAUACAUGGGGUUGGGUGAUGGCCUCAGACCAGCCAUUCUGUAUAAACGCUGAUGAAAUAGACAAGAAAAUCGACAAAAGAAUCGACGGGGAAUUGCUAUAUUUGAAUGGUGCCUCCUUCAUCUCCUCCACCACCAUGAACAAGAGUGUUUCCUUAUCGCUGUUGCAUGAAACUCAUAUCUACACUGAAGAGGAUGCGAGGUUCAUUCAUGGACAUGGGGUGGCUUACCGCGAUUGAAGAAGAAAGGUUUUCGGGUUGUGGGGAAUUGCUGUACAGAAAGAUAUGUUGAAGGGUUGAAGAUGAAAAUAGCAGUUAAAAAGGAAGAAAAUCAAUCAAACAACAAUUCAUAGAAGCUUUUGUUUUUAUACAGUAAACGUUGUUAGCUUUCUCUUGUGGGUGUUGUAGGACUCCAGAUAACAAAACUGUAUGAAAAGCUUUAUCUAUAUAUGUGAAUAAAUCAUGAGGCAUUCCUCCAUUGAA